GGAGCAACGAACAAUCACCUUGACAAAUCAUUCAUCUCUUUCGCUGCAUCUCACCAUGUCCGACAUCAAACAACACUUCCCCGAUCGCCCCCAAUUCUCAGGCUUCAUGAAGCCCUGCCGGAUGGAAGGCGAGGUCUCCCAACUGGAAGUGUACGGCACGAUCCCCCCGGAGAUUGACGGAGUCUUCUAUCGCGUCAUGCCGGAUCCGCAACAGCCUCCCUUCGUCGAGGAUGAUCCCUGGUUCAACGGCGACGGGAACGUGAGCGCCUUCCGCAUCCAACACGGCCGCGCAUCGUUCCGGCAACGCUACGUGCGGACGGAGAAGUUUGUGCGCGAGCACGAGGCGCAACGCGCUUUAAUCGGUAAGUACCGCAACAGAUUCACCGACGCCGUCGAGUUCCGUGUGCGCAGCACAGCCAACACCAACGUGGUCUUCUUCAACGGGCGGCUGCUGGCCCUGAAGGAGGACUCUCCGCCGUACGCGAUGGACCCGCGCACGCUGGAGACGCAAGGCCUCUACGACUUUGACGGCCAGUUGCCGAGUCUGACCUUCACAGCGCAUCCGAAAUUUGACCCCGCCACGGGCGAGAUGCUCUGCUUCGGGUACGAGGCGCGCGGCGACGGGACGCCGGAUGUCUGCUACUACCGCGUCGCGCCGACCGGCGAAUUCACCGAGGUGGUCUGGUUGGUGGCACCGGUGCUGGCGAUGAUCCACGAUUUUGCGGUAACAGACAACUGGGUCGUGUUCCCGCUGAUUCCGCAGGUUUGCGAUAUCGAGCGGAUGAAGCAGGGAGGCGAGCACUGGCAGUGGAGCCCGGAGACUCCGCUGUAUUUGGGCGUGUUGCCGCGGCGAGGGGCCCGGCCCAGUGACGUGAAGUGGUUCCGAUACAAGAACUCCUUCCCCGGCCACACGGCCAACGCGUACGAGGACGAACAGGGCCAUCUGGUGAUCGACUUGGGCCUGAGCGAGACAAAUGUGUUCUUCUGGUGGCCCGACGCGCAGGGUCGCGCCCCGGAGCCCAGCUCCAUCGUCUCCCGACUGGUCCGGUUCACCGUCGACCCCCACGCAGAAGAAGACCUCAGCCUCCCGGAACCCCGGAUCCUGCACCAGGGCAACUCGGAGUUCUACCGCAUCGACGAGCGGUUCGCGACCCAGCCCUAUCGCCACUGCUACUUCGACCUGAUGGACCCGCAGCUGGGGACGGAUUUCGCCUCCAUCGCGCCGAAGCUGGGCGGCGGCUUCCCCCUCUACAACGCGCUGGCGCACUUCGAUAUCGUGGCCGGGCAGACUGAGAUCUACUUUCCGGGCCGUACGCACCUGGUCCAGGAGCCGGUCUUUAUCCCGCGCGGGGACUCGGCCCCCGAAGGCGACGGGUAUCUUCUGGCCCUCGUGAAUAACUACGAGACCAUGGCAAGCGAGCUCCAUCUAUUGGACACCCGGGAUUUCACGCGCGCGCAGGCCAAGAUCCUGCUGCCGGUCCGCUUACGCCAGGGUUUGCAUGGGAGCUGGGUGGAUCGAAGGGACCUUGGCCCACUGGCUGUGUAG